GGCGCCCUGUGGGGGCGCGUCCCGCUCCCGCCGAGGCGGCGGUUGCCGGGCGGCGGCGCGGCCUGAGGCGAGGCGGGAUGCGGCAGAAGAAGCCGAGGGCGCUCGCCCUGCCGGCGGGAGGGUCCCGGCGGAGGGGCGGUGGGCCGCUCCCAGGUACCGGCGACGUCCCCGCUUCCACCAGCCUGCCGCCGCUCGUGGAGGGCCCGCUGCGAUGCUUCCUCCGCUGCACCGUCUCCCGAGUCCUGUGGACGGCGCCCAGGCCGCUCGCCGCCGCCCUCGUCCGCCUGCGGUGGUGGGGGGAGACCUCCGACGGCACCGUCUUCCAGCCCGCCUGGCGGCCGGGCCAGCCGGCGGAGGGAGCCACCGCCCGCUACGCCGUGCGCUGCGGGCCCAGGCAGCUCGCUGCCUACCUGACAGAUAUGGGUGUGCUUGUCCUGGAGGUAAUGAGCAAACGUGACCAUCUUCCUAUUGGCAGAGUGGAAAUCACCAGAUUGUCCCAACUGUCUCCCAGCCAUCCAAUCAAUGGUUUUUUUACAAUAGUUUCACCAACAUCUGAUAAACUAGGAGAGCUGCAGGUCUCACUGGUUUUAGAACCUCUGCCAGAGCUGUAUGACACCAGCAGCUCUAUCCCAACCACAGAUGCGAGUUUAGAUACCGCUCCUGCUCAGGGAAGCAGCAAGCCCCAGUUUCCUGCUCCAUCACAGCAGUCCAGGCAAACACGGGUGACUAUUGCUGACCAAGAGUCUGUUAAUGAUAGCAGAGCCACAGCUCCCAGAGGAGAGGACCGUUUGGUCUUUCAAGAGAACUGUGAAAACAUGAAGGAUGCUUUUUCUACUUCUCAUCACCGUCUGAUUUUACCAGAUGAACGUUUGCAAGUGAAUCCUUCAAAUCAGCAAGUGUCGUUUCUCACCAGCACUGAUCCUGAAGCGCUGGAUAGGACGAACACGCGGGUGCUUUCUUUGCAUAACCCAGCUACAAAAGACUUGCUUUCAGCUCUUUUGGAUCAAGGCAAUAAACUCCGUGAUGCCAUGGUGGUUUCUGCAAUGAAGUCUAGUCCGGACAUGGAGAUUGAACUGAAUAAAGUGCCUUCUUCUAUAGAGAGAGACAAUCUCAAAGCACCAGCAAAGAGCCCAAAAGGCUUGAACACAUAUUUUGUGCCAGCUCCUGAAGAUCCCCAUCUCUUUGCAUCUGAAGUUUCAGGUCAGCAAUUUGACCUUAACUCUGAAGAGAGAGCAAUACAGUUACUGUUGGGCAGUGCUGAUUUAUCUCCUGUGCAUUUCUGGGAUCGGACAGGUUCCCUUUUGGAUUCUCUUUCUUUUGGGAGUGAGGUGUAUGACAGUGAACUCAAUGAUCCCCAUUACGACCAGAGUCUUCUGGAGAGUCUUUUUUACACCCUUCCUAAAUCUGAUUCCAGUUUAAGUGAUUUCCUCACUGAUGAUGAUGUUAACUCCUCCAAAAAAGUAACCAAAACAGAAACUGUUAAGAAGGCUGAUCCAGUGAAUCCACAGGAUUCUAAUGCGUUUGAUCAGGAUCAGAAGGCGACGAGGAUUAAACCCCGCUGCUCUCCUACUAGACUACUUGCUCCUGCAGAAGGUCACACAGAAGAAGCUCAUGUCACAUCCUUGAGUGCAGACAGGUUGGCAUUACUGGAGCGAAUACACCUAGCCAGAGUCAUCAUUGAAAGCUUGAAAAUCCCUCCUGAGACCAUCCAGAUCACACCAAGAAAGAAAGGUUUAAUGGGGAAGCCUCCAAGGCCUGCCUCAGUUAAUAAGUGUACCUUCUUUGUUGAGUACCACUUUCCUGUGGGAGCCUCCAAGGAUGAAAAAGGACAGGUCUCCAUAACAACAGAAGUAACUCGAAUAGCUUCAAGUAAAAUCACAGGUGAUGUGGUGAAAUUUCAGCAGCGGUUUGUGUUCCCUGUCCGUUUUAGUGGAACAAUGAUAGAGCACUGGUGGAGCUCUGACCUCGCUUUUAAAAUCUACAUGAGAAAAAGCACACAGAAAAAGCCAGUGGCCAUUGGCUCAGCAGCGCUUCAGUUACGCAAGGUUAUUCAGUCUGAGUUGCUCACUGUCAGCUGCGAGAUACCUGUGGGAAAAGAGGGAGAUCAGACACAAGUUGGACCGCUAAAGGUAUCCUUAGAGCUUGCAGGCGACAACAAAGACUUCACCCGCACCGCUGCCAGGUCAGCUGUGGCUCUGCAGCGAGUCCCAGUUCAAGCUGUAAGAAGUCCCCGGCUGGAAUUCCAGGAGCCCAACAGGAAGGACGUAAAUGCAGAAAGCCCUCACUGCUUGAAUCUUCACAACUACAAGGAGGCACAGAAGACAGGAGCAGCCAGUGUGAAUAUCGUGCAGCCACCGCGGGCUGUACCAACCCCUGUAGCCCGUAACCUGAUGACGCAAAUAACGGCAUCUGAAGAAGAUGGGUUAUUACUGCAUGUGCUGUUGAUGGUGCCUGAUGGAAAGGAUUUUGUUGCUGAAGACAGUGGGCUCCACAGUUCUUGUAACGUGUAUUUAAACUGCAAGCUGCUCAGCACUGAGGAGGCGACACGAUCUGCUGUCAUAUGGGGCACAACACAGCCUGCCUUUAAUUUUUCUCAGGUGAUGCCUUUUUCAUUGACUUCCAAACACCUGGAGCGGCUGAAGAACAAUGUCAUGAUUAUUGAAGCAUGGAACAAGAUGGGAAGCCCUGGCUGUGACAGAUUGCUAGGAUUAGUUAAACUUCCUUUGCAUCAGUUUUACAUCUCAUUCAAAGAUCCAAAGAUUUCCCGCCUGCUUCUUCAGGCUCAAUAUCCAGUGGUUGCUGUGGACAGCUAUAUGCCUGUGAUAGAUGUUUUUACUGGCAGUAGAAGUGGAAGCCUGAGGGUCAUUCUGGCGAUGGGGUCAGCUGAUCAAAUAGUGGCACUGCAAAGGCUAAAAAAUGAAGAAGGAAUGGUGCCUCCUGUCACACAGCGUCCUUCCCACUCGCUGGACCCUCCUCCUACAAAGCCUGUAACGCAGUUAGACCAAGAAGGGGAAGAACUGGUGGAGCACGUUUUUGAGAUUUGUGUGGAGAGUGUGAAAGGACUCACUCCCUUACAGUCCACCGUCUGGGGAGAGGCUGACUGCUACGUACAGUACUGUUUCCCAGUUCAAGAGGCUGGUUGCGGUGCACUGCAAGGAACUGAAUUGCAUGAGGAUGGCAUCAGAUUAAAACCAUUUCGCACAGCAACCACUCUGUGUGUCCCCGAUCCCGUCUUUAAUGAUGAGCAUCAUCAUUCUUUGUUGGUUCCUGCUGAUGUCCCAGUCCAGAGGCUCCUGGUCAGUGCAUAUAUGGCACCAGGAGAGGCUGGAGGAGGAAUCCAGUUUGAAGUCUGGUGCAGGUAUUAUUACCCAAAUGUCAGAGACCAGGUGGUUGCCAAAGGGACGUUGCCCUUGUCACGGCUGUGUGCCAUGGCGACUAUGCAGCAUCGUGAAGAAAUAGGGAUUCAGACUUUUAACCUUCCCUUGGUCCCCCGGACUGAUGGCUCAGGGGAAUUUCAGCUGCGGGCUUCAGGCUUGCUUGAUGUGAGUGUGAGAUACCAACGGUCUGUGAAACCAGCAGCAGGAAUAAUGGCUCAAGCUGUUUCUCUUUUGGUACACAUACACAGAGCAUCUGGUUUGCAAGCAGCAGCUAGAGCUGUGGGACAGAAGAACCCUUCGGUCCAGUACUGCGCAGGUGUGGGAGUUAAUGUUUAUGUCUCUGUGAACCUCUCCUUCCUACCUGAGGCAGAGAGACGCAGCACACGAGCUGUGGCUUGUACUUUCUGCCCCGAGUUCGAGCAUCAUGUAGAGUUUCCUUGUAACCUCAUCAUUCAGAAAAGUAGUGGAGAAGCCUCUAGUCUGGGGGAACUCUUGCAGUCUGCCAGUAUCGUCUUCUCUGUCUACCAUCGGAGCACCAGGUCAGCUGCUGACAAAUUGGCAGCUCGGACAUCAAGAGACUGUCUUCUUGGGACAGUCACAAUUCCAACCAGAGACCUGCUGAGAAGAAGAUCAGGUAUUUCAGGCUGGUACCCAGUUACCCUAUCUGAAGAUUUAAUGCCUUCACACUGCACAAACAUCAUGCAGACCAUUGUGGGAGGGCUGGAACUUUCUGUUACCUUUGCUCAUCAGGAUGACCGAGAGCGUGUUUUGGAGGCGGCUAAGCUUUUAGGAUGGAACGGUGAGGAGACCCAUGAAGACAGUGUGGAUGACAGCGACGAAUGGGAGCAGAGUGACAGUCCAGUGACUGUGACCAUCUCAACCCCGAGAGUAUGGCUGCCAGUCCACUGUGUGCUGCUUGCAGGCCAGACGCACCUACAUGAAAGCACUUACUGCUACCUCAGGUAUAAGCUAUAUAAUCAGGAAGCCACGUGGACUUUGCUUAGGAGGCCAAAAUUGAGUGGCGACGCAAAGGGUGUUACGGUGAACUUUAAGAAACCAAACAAGGUGACUCUCAGAAGGAGCCAAGGACUGCUUUGGUUCUUCAGAGAGGAGAAAUUAGAAAUCCAGGUGUGGUGGACAUACGGUAAAGAAAAUGAUGUGGGAAGACCACUUGAUACAGAUCGCCUUAUUGGAUCUGCCUACGUUGACCUUGCAGCAUUAGCAGAGAAGUCAAGGACAACACUAAGUGUUAGCGGGGUUUAUCCAUUGUUCAGAUGCAAUGCUGCAAACCUAGCAGGAGCUGCUGUACGGGUUCACAUCGUCCUUUCUUCCACUUCUGCUGCUCUGUCCAGCAGACUUCACUGUGCUGAGGAAUACAGCAACAGUGAAGAUGAAGGUGCAGAGAACACCCCUGAUCUGAGCCAACAAGUCUUUGAAAAUCAGAGUCAGAAAGUGGAUAUCAUAAGUUCAGAAUUCACCAAUGGCAAACCACAAGAGGACAACAUGGUAUUUCUGGAAAAUACGGUUGCUGUCAAUAUCCUUGUGGAAAGAGCAAUGCAUCUAAGUUUAAAAGGGAGUCCUUUGACAGAACGUGAAGUAACGGCACCCAGUAGCUAUGUAUCGUUUGCUGUUGCUGGUGUAGAUGCUCCAAUAACCACUUCGGUAAUAGAAAAUACAGACUCACCGGUCUGGGACUUUCAGCAACAAGCGAGAUUAUCCAAAGAGCUUCUGCUGGAUCCACAGCAAACCUUGGUCUUCAAAGUGUGGCACAAAGCAGAGACUGAGCGGGUGAUAGGAUUUGCAUCAGUGGACCUUUCUCCUCUUCUUUCUGGCUUCCAGCUCGUGUGUGGGUGGUACAAUAUUACGGACUUCAGUGGACAGUGCCGAGGGCAGAUCAAAGUAGCAGUUUCUCCUCUUCAAAACGUAAAUUAUCUUAAAGGAGAAAGGCAGGCAAGGAUCCGGGCCCAGCCACCAAGUCCCUCAGUGAAGGCUGGCUUUUCAGAGUUUCCCAGUAAUGCUACAAGCUUUUCCAAGCUGAUGUCGAAUACCUUGUCAAAGGAAGUCAGCAUUCCUACUCAAGAGCUGCCUCUUUCAAGCAGAAUUAGUCCCCCUGGAACACACACGCCUCGUCACGAAGAGCAUAUGCAGAAUGUGCGCAGAUUUCACGAAUCCUUACAGCAAGCAGAAGGGAACGCACAUCGAGCAGCAAAGACGGACUCAUUGGCACUGUCAUCACGUACUUCUCUUCUUACUGCUCUCAGAAAAAACUUGAGUGAGCUGGAUGAGGUUCAAAGAUACUUCAGUCAGAAGCUGACCAAGUCUUUUCCUGACUUCAGUUGCGGUAACACAUCCAAACCAAGUCCUGAGGAGUGGGAGAGUGAUCAUCAGGGCUUGAUGAGCGGAGAAGUGGAUCCCGACGAAUGCCAUCUUUUGGAAAAAUCGAGUCAGUUGGUGUCUCAGGUCAGCAGCCUACUCAAUGACUUACAGACUAUAACUAAAAAUAGUACAGAGUCUUCUAACGUGCAUCAAGAUGGCAGCAGAAAGCUGGGGUCUACACGUGCACCCCCCCAGAAGGAUGAAGCAGCCAGACCUGAAGUACGCCAAGGCCAAGCUGAGCUGGCCUCCCGCAGCGUUUGCAGUGAUACGCAGCGGCCGGGCCCUCUUGGGAGAUCCGUGUUUGAGAGAAACAUGUUACAUGAACUCCUAGACCAAGCUGUCCCUGGAGAUGAGCAUCAUUCGCCAGUGGACGAUAUCCAGGAAGAUGAAGGUGCUUUUGCUGUACAGCCACACAGUGAAGAAGAAUAUGAAGAAGAUGUUAUAGAACCCCGAACUCUUAAUGAAGUAACAACUGUAACGGACAAAACUAGUCCCUGGUCCAGCGUGCUGUCUGAGGCAGAGCAGGGUGCUGCCCAGCAGCCCGUGGACUUGAGGCCUGAAGAUCAGCACUCCAGGGAUAUGGAUUGGUUCCAAAGAGGAAACAGCAGACGGAGCAGCACCUUGUCCAGCAUGCUACAAGGUGACAACCAAAGCAUGGCCACCCCCCUUAGCCCAUGCGUUAGCCUUCUCACAGAUGAGGGCAGUCCUUGGCCAGUAACAGAAGGCUUUCAGAGCUGGAAAAGUGGCACAGAAACAACUGGGAAGGAGCUGUUUCAGCCUGCUCAUUUGUCAGAAGUGCAUCAAACAGCCAGUGGCCCUCUAGAAAAUGGAAAUUGUGAUUGGGAUCAAGCAUUUAACACUAAAUGUAUAGAGCAAAAUGUGGAGGUUCAUAGAGGCUCCGGAGAGGUGCUGGCAUUUCCAGGAGACGUCGGUUUGAGCAAUCCAAAAACCACAGAAGAAAAGGAGGAGGAAGACGGUGAGGUUGUAAAUGAGGAUCGUCAAGACGAGGAAGAAACUGGUUCUGAUGAGAUCUGUGUUAAGAGUGUAUCAGCCCAAGCGGGCUCGGAAGGACACAGUGAAAGCUUUUCUGAUGACAGUAGCGAAGACCCACCAGAAGAGUCAGAAAAGUCUGUCAAACCGAAAAUGGUUUUAUCUGAUCCUGUUGCUAUUCCCAACUUCUUCCUUUCACCCCAGCAGAUGGAAGCCUCCAUGAGACUGCUCAGUGUUUCUUCUCAUCCUUCCACAGCUCUGAAACUCUUGAAACUUGUUUGUGAUGAAAAUAGAGACCCGUAUCAGAGGGGUCUUGGGCACAGUAUGCUUCAAGGAUCCUAAGAUUCGUCUUGAUUCUAACACUGACUGCAGUGCGUCUUAGUGCUGGUGAAGCAUACUUUUCAUGCCGUGUCUGAAUAUUGUGGAUGAAAGCAGAAGCGGAAUCUCAGAUGUGUUUCUCCUUUGGAAUCUGCUUCAAAUUCUCUCUGUUCGUCUCUGUCCACUGAUGAUAUCCCCUUCCUCUCUUGUCUUGUGGUCGUGCCCCCAUUUCUGAGGUUUGCUUUCUCUGCAGGGUUAGCUCCGGUUCUUCCUGUGUCUUUCUGUGCAUCUGCAAAUCAUCGCUCAGGCCUACGGUUUAAUAGUAUUACCAGCUUUACUUGAAUUCCCUCUCUCUCUGCACUGCUAAGCUUAGUGGCUGGAAACACACUCCUGAAAGUGAUUAAUAAUUAGGGAGAAUACUAGCAAGGCACUGUUUGGAUAUAGCUGACCUUAAACCAGUUUAAUUCCUGGAUGAACUCCAGCUAAUCCUUCGCUGUAGCACUUGUAGGGGUCUGUCAAGACAGAACUCAGUUGUGCCUUGUGUUGUGCAUCCAGCAUCAGACACCCUAUAUGAAGAACAAGUUUUUCGCUUAUGCUGAUGGUAAAAUAGAGUUCAGGAAAACUGCUUUCUCAUAGUUUUGUUCUUAAUUAGCCUCAAGAACACCAGUUUCUAAAUCUGGGUUUGCUUGGUUUCUGCACAGUCGAGCAGACGCGAGUAUGACAGCAAGGCUGAAACCGGAGCUGUUCUCGCCCGAAGAUCAGCAGUCCCCUCUGGCUCACGUGGCAGCUGGCAAACUUCUCUCCUGGCCUCCCUAAUGUUCCUGCCACCUCUCCCUCUCUUGUCUGACUCCCUGCACAAAACGAUGAAGGAACGAUGAGAAGGGGAAGCAGGCGGUCCUGUCAAAGGAGCUGGCAGCGUUUUGAGACAAGAAGGUUUUCUUGGCUCAUGCUGCGAGGACACGGGGAGCUGAGAAGGUGCUGCAGCAGUUCAGGCCUCAGCCUGGAUACUGUAGUCACCUUUCAGGGACCUGAGUUUUGCAGAGCCUCACAAAAUCUAAAAAAUUUUGACCUUUUUUCUCCAUUGCAUCAGCCUCAGGCUUCCAGUUUUUGAGGUCCUUCCCAGCUCUCCUCGUCCACGCUGGUCACCAGCUGUCCUGUGUGACCAGCAGCCCUGGUUCGAUUUCUGCUGCUGUUCAGGUUCAGCCAGCGGCUUUGCACUUUUCUCAGUCCUUUUUCAGGCAGUUCCCGAUACAACAUACAGAAAAUUAUCCGAGUUCAUGGCUAAACUUCACAGCAUCCAGCACGGCAUCAUGUUUACUGUAAAGCUACAGCUAUUUCUUGAAUGAGUCAGAGCCGUUGUUAGGUGGCCCAGAUUACCAUCCAAACCUUGUUUCUGCCCGUUGCCCCUGGCCUUCCUUCUCCUCCCUCUUUGCCUUUACUGCGUUCGUGUGUUCCGUAUUCUUUUAUAUACUGUUGCUGAUUUUUCAGAGCAAAAAUUUAAUCUCUCCAGGUAUGAUGUUUGACACAGAAAGCACUGCAGCAUUGAUUCUGGUUAGGGUUUGGGGCAAUUGCGUGCUAAGAGUGAAACCAUUUAAAUGUGAUUCCAGUGAGGUGCUGGCUGGUAAACCCAUCCCAAGGCUUGCUGCCUUUCAGAGUUGGCCCAGGCUGCUGGUGAUGGAGCUGGGGUUUUUGGGUGCAGGAGGAAGUAUUUAAAGAAUCGGAGAGUUAAUAAACGUCAUUAAAAUAUCCUGAUUUUUUUUCCCCCCCUCACUUCUAUGAAUAUUCCGAAAGCAUAAGAAACUUAUAUGGAAACCACUUUUACUCACAAUAAUUAAUAUUUGUAUAUGCAUAGUUUUACCUUCAGUGUAAAUUAGAAAUAACACUUCUAUAGCACAGGCAAAUUCAUAAUAACAGGCUUUUAUCUGUUCUGAAAACACAGAUGGCUAGCAACAGUGCUAACAUCCUUUCUGGGUGCUAAUGUUUCUUCUUGGUGUACUCCCGUUUCAGUCACAGCCACUAAAGCUCUCCUUUUUCCUUGCUCAGCUUACCCAGAGAACAGAGCUAAGGCUUUUACUGCCUACAUUUGUCCUCCUAACCUGCUGAACAGAAAUGACGACAUUCUCUUCCGUUUUCACCAUCAGAAAAAGAAGAAAACGUGGCUGCAUUCUCCAUGUCUGUUUCAGAGUUGGUGGCUGUGGUCCCAGAUUUGAUAUAAACCUUUUCCUGUCCAGAAAGCAGAAGUAGGUGAAAGGUCACUCCGGGGGUAGGUUGUAGCCUCUUAACACAGAUCUGUCUUCCCUCCUUCAUCACUGUGCACAAACAAAACGAGCCAGUAUCCUUGCUGAGCCACAGGGCUGAAACGGUCUCCACCUCAGUUACCGGAAUUCUUUGACCUUGAAAUAAGCCAUCGCCCCAAGACCUAUAAAAUGCUAAUAAACCUGUUUGCUGUGCUCCAGUCCCUGGCACACGCCAAUUAGAUAAUCCAUGGCUGGUUUAAGUGUCCUGCUCUAUCACUGCCAUUUCUAAAAAAAGAAAAGUGAAGCAUGA